AUGCUCAGAUCCAAGCGAGACGCUUCUAAACGUCGGUUUGACGACGUCAAUCUCGACAGUGACUCCUUCUCCGACUCCAACGAUUCAUAUUCCGACGAUGAGACAUACGAGAAGGUGCCUCAGACCCGUCUUAAGAUCAAAAUGAAGGAACAGGACCCUGGAGAUGCCACAUCAGGUCUCGAUACCAAGGUGCAUUCGACCUAUUCGGAGAUCCCUGACGACUACGUGCCCGACAGUGUAUCCAACAUCUUCGGUAAGCACGACUUCUCAUACCUCAAGCUGAAGCCAGACCAUGCCGCUCGACCCUUGUGGAUUAACCCCGAGGACGGUAGAAUCAUUCUGGAAUCCUUUUCGCCACUUGCAGAGCAGGCUCAGGACUUCCUGGUGACCAUUGCAGAACCCAUCUCUCGUCCCUCGCACAUUCAUGAAUACAGAAUCACCACUUACUCUCUGUACGCGGCUGUCUCAGUGGGUCUGGAGACUUCUGACAUCAUUUCCGUUCUCAACCGACUGUCCAAGGUCCCAGUCCCCAAGAGUAUCAUCAACUUCAUCCACUCAUGUACAAAGUCUUAUGGUAAGGUCAAGUUGGUUCUGAAACAUAAUCGAUACUUUGUGGAAUCUUCACAGGCAGACGUCUUGCAGAUGCUGCUCAAGGACCCUGUUAUCGGUGCUCUGCGUCUGGAGGCUUCGGAACAGUCCACCACAGGCUCCGGUCUUGUUACUGAGUCGGCACCUAAGAUGGGCGAUCUUAAGAUUCCCGGUACAGAGAAGCCCAAGGAAGAGGAAGGUAAGGAUGGAGAAAGGGACGGUGAGAAGAAGGCUGACGAAGACGCUGAGGAUAUCUUCUCUCAUGUUGUUGGUAUUGAGAACGAUGAUGAUGACGAUCUGGACGCUGUUCACUCGUUCGAGAUUGCACCUGACUCAGUCGAAACUGUGAAGAAGCGAUGUCAGGAGAUUGACUACCCUGUGUUGGAAGAGUAUGAUUUCCGAAAUGAUCAUGGUAACCCCGAUCUGGAUAUCGACCUCAAGUCGUCCACCCAGAUUCGACCCUAUCAGGAGAAGUCGCUGUCUAAAAUGUUUGGUAAUGGACGAGCCCGUUCUGGUAUCAUUGUCUUGCCAUGUGGAGCCGGCAAGACUCUGGUCGGUAUCACAGCUGCUUGCACCAUCCGAAAGUCCGUUAUUGUGCUUUGCACCUCCUCCGUAUCCGUCAUGCAGUGGAGACAGCAGUUUCUGCAGUGGUGUACUAUUCAGCCUGAGAACGUGGCUGUGUUCACUUCCGAGAGCAAGGAGAAGUUCUCUGGUGAUGCUGGUCUCGUUGUGUCUACUUACUCAAUGGUAGCCAACACCCGGAACCGAUCCCAUGACUCGCAGAAGAUGAUGGACUUCUUGCAGUCUCGAGAGUGGGGUUUUAUCAUUCUGGAUGAGGUUCACGUCGUGCCCGCCGCCAUGUUCCGAAAGGUCGUUACUAACAUUGCCGCACACGCAAAGCUGGGUCUUACUGCAACCCUGGUGCGAGAAGAUGACAAGAUUGACGACCUGAAUUUCUUGAUUGGCCCCAAGCUGUACGAGGCCAACUGGAUGGACUUGGCCCAGAAGGGUCAUAUCGCCAACGUUCAGUGUGCCGAAGUGUGGUGCCCCAUGACCUCAGAGUUUUACCAGGAGUACCUCAAGGAGAACGCUCGAAAGCGAAUGCUACUCUACAUUAUGAAUCCCUCCAAAUUUCAGGCUGCCCAGUUUCUCAUCAACUACCACGAAAAACGAGGUGACAAGAUCAUUGUCUUCUCUGAUAACGUCCAUGCUCUCAAGGCUUAUGCACUCAAGCUUGGAAAGUUCUUCAUUUUCGGUGGCACUCCCCAACAGGAGCGAAUGAAAAUUCUGAAGAACUUCCAGUACAAUGACCAGGUCAACACCAUUUUCUUGUCCAAGGUCGGAGAUACUUCCAUCGAUUUGCCCGAGGCUACAUGUCUGAUUCAAAUCUCGUCGCAUUACGGCUCUCGACGUCAGGAGGCUCAGCGUCUGGGUCGUAUUCUGCGAGCCAAGCGACGUAACGAUGAGGGUUUCAAUGCCUUCUUUUACUCGCUAGUGUCCAAGGAUACCCAGGAGAUGUAUUACUCAACUAAAAGACAGGCCUUCCUGGUCGAUCAGGGUUAUGCGUUCAAGGUGAUUACACAUCUGCAUGGAAUGGAGAAUCUGCCCGAUCUGGCUUAUGCUUCUGCUCGUGAGCGACGAGAGCUGCUGCAGGAGGUGUUGUUACAGAACGAGGACGCUGCCACUCUCGAAGAAGGAGACAACGCAGAUUCGUUUGUGGGCCGAGGUUCUUCCAACAAGCGAGGCAGUGCCAAGCGAACCACCGGUUCUCUGGCAUCGCUGGCUGGUGGAGAAGAUAUGGCAUACAUUGAGACCAACAAGAACCGAAACAAGGAUCUGCGAAAGCCUUCCAAGCAGAGUGCAUUUGUCAAGAAGCUGUACUCCGGAAAGAGAUAG